AUGGCUAUUGAUUUGGGAAAGGAGGGAGGAGGGAGUAAUAGAAGCCAUGUGAAGAUGAUGAAUGGAUUAUGUGGUGUAGAGGAUAAGCCAAAUGAACCAGAUAAGCAACAAUGGCAGGUACAGGUUAUAGUGGGGCAGCAUAGUAAGGACAAAAAUGCAAAGAAUAUGGAGAUAGAAACUGUAGUAGGAGGAUUGAGUCAAGAGGGAGCAGUGGUAUAUUCAAUUGAGGUGGGGAAUAAAUUGAGAGGCAAAAAGCCAAUCACUUGGAAAAGAGACUCUUUGGGGGGACAAAUGCAGAGGAAUCUAGAAGAAUUGAAGCAUAAAGAGAAUACUAUAUGUGAGACAGAGGAAGAACUGGAGGAGCAUAUUGCUGAUUUCUAUAAGAAGUUGUUCACAAUAGAGGGAUCAAGGGGAGGCACUGAGUUGCUGCAAAAUAUCUCCCAUACCAUAUCUGUCUAG